CGGCAGUGGUCGUGGUGGUGGGUUCUUGUGAAUCAGGGCUGUUUUCAUUGGCAGUGUAUUUAUAGUGUCCUCAACCAGCCCAGGGUUGGGUUCUGUGAUAUCGUUGGGUAUACACCAGUACACAGGAAAGCGGGUAGAUUCAUAAUUUCAUUUUCGAAACCCGAGAGGAUUUAACUUCAUUUUCAAUGAUGAGGGUCCUGCCGGGGCUCGCAGUUGGUCUUCUGCUGGCUGUCUCUCUGUCGUCUGCUCAGGAGACCUGCCCAGCAGCAAGCGGCGGGACGUGCCAGGAGAUCCCUAUGGCCAUUAAAAAAACUACUAAUACUGCUCCAGCCGCUCAUUACUAUAUCGGAGGCCUGUUUGGUAUCCACGAGAAGGGAACCACCGCCUUCUCCUGUAGUGAUAGAUUCAGACUUCGCGGGAUCAUGAACCUCCAGGCGUUCCUUUGGGCAAUUAACUAUUUCCAAUCACGACUCCCAGCAAGCGACAGAGACAGAGUAUCCAUUGGAGGUGUUGCGUUUGACAAUUGUCAACGCACAGAGCAGGCGAUACAAAAUAUCUUGGGUUUUGAACAGUGUCGAAACAGGUUAGCAGGCGUCGACAGGCGACAGGUUUUGGCUUUUGUAGGUCCAGACACAAGCGACGAAGCCCUGGCUGCAGCUGCUCUCAUGAAAGACAUGUCACUGACUACAGUCAGUCAUGCGGCCACGUCUCCGGAACUGAGUGAUGGGAACAUGUACCCAUACUUCCUCCGAACCGUUCCAUCAGAUGCUAAUGACGCUGCAAUCCUGGCUACCGUUUUGGCUAACGAACUGAAGGCUAAAUAUACACAGCUUGUGUAUAUAGACAACUCUUAUGGGAGACACGGAAUGGAAGAAUUCCAGAAACAAGCCAAAGCUAGAGGUAUCUGCAUCAUACAGAGCAUCAAGAUCACUUCCGAUGUGUCGACGUCCGAGGACAGCGAGGUUCUACGUAAACUCAUCAACAAGCAGAACGUGAGGUUUGUUGUAAUAUUCGCAGAUGGCCCGACAGCCAACAGAGUCCUUCAGUCGUCUCAGGCAUACAACGCCCGUUUAAACGCCCAGAAUGCUGUCAAGUUCACCUUCCUUGGUACCUCAUCAUGGGGUACCUCCGACCUCUAUCUUAACAACGCCUACGCCGCUGCCAACAACAGCAUUGUCGUGUCUCUGUCUAGGGAUUCUUUAUACACAAACGCCAUCAACGCCUUCAAGGACUACUGGAAUAAUUUAAAGCCAAACGACAAGAGCUCGGGCAUCGACAACACAUAUCUGACGGAGUACUGGGAAGCCAGGUUUAACUGUAAGGUAGACGGAACCUCCAACGCUUGCGUGCUAACUACCCAGUCGCUUCGGGACGACCUUGACGCCUACGUACCAUACACCAUCAUGGCUGUUGACGCUAUUAUCAGGGGCGUUUAUGCUGCUGCCCAAAAGGCCUGCACUGUAUACGACCUAUGUUCCGAUCUCCUCAAUAUUGGCAAUAGAGGCACCGCCAUAUUUAAUGGUAUUAAGCAAGUAGAGGCUUUAGGAGAUGCUAGUAGGGUCUUGUUCAACCAGACCGUUGGGGCAAACAACAAAUAUGUGACAGGCGAUCCUUCUAAUGGCAACGGCGGCUUCACCAGCUACAAAGUACAUGCUGUGGUCAAGGGCGUGUACACGGAGAUCGGCAACAUCAACUACAGCCCCGGAGCCAAUGUGACCAUAACACAACCGCUGGAUAUGAGGUUCUAUCAGAACCAAGCUGUCUGUAACUACCCAUGCACCGACUGCGGCGAAGUGGCCACAACGCCAGCUCCCACAACUGCCAUGACGUCCUCCCCCACGGUAACGAGCACCAAGGACCCAACUGAAGGCGGGAACUUCACCUUCGUCAAGUUCCCAACCACCCAGGAACUGACCGGCGCUUACUUCAAGUCCCCCCGCAGUGGGGAGAUGUGGAUGACCAGGUUUGAGAUUGGACAGAGAUGGAUUAUCGCCCUUGGAGUGCUGGCUGGCCUUGGAAUCUUGGCGGUCAUUAUAUUCGAGAUCUACAUCUUGUACAAGCUUCUGGGAACACGCAUGGGAAGUCGCUGGAGGACAAUGUGGCUCGGGCAGCUUCUCCUCUUCGGCAUCUUCCUAAGCUUCCUCACGCUCUUCGCAUUCAUCCCCGUCCCCACCAAGGCCACGUGCGCCCUCACCAGGUUUGGCGUGGGCGUGUCCUACUCCAUCAUGUUUGCAGUGCUGUUGGUGAAGCUGAUGGUGAUUCUGACGUCCAAGACAUCGGAGUCGUCCCUCCUGCCCGGCGACAUAGAGUCCCCCAACUACCUGAAAGGAAUCUACCAGUUCCUCAUGUUUAUGUUCGCUGUUGGCGUCCAAGUUGUUAUUGAUGCCCAGUGGUUGAUCACGGUGCCACCAGAAGCUGUUCUCGUGACAGACAACGGGGGCAACCAGGCCUGGGUGUGCAACCAUUACACCUGGAAGGUGAACACCGGCAUGCUCAACAUGACAACGUUUGUCCGCAACGACUUCGAGAACCAUCUCCUUUCUCUCGUCUACAUCAUGUUCCUCAUCCUCAUCACCACCGUCCUCGCCCUCAACGCCCACGGGAUCAUCACCAACCACAGAGAGAGCAUCUUCAUCGGUAUCGCAUCAGGGUUCACCAUCCCGGUAUGGUUGGCGUGGGGCUUGGUGGGAGGUCUUAACAGAGACCACAUCGUUGCUCAAGAGUUUGGCGACGCCUGCAUAGCCUUUGGGCUGUUCCUAACGGCGACGCUGAUCCUGUUUGCGAUGUUCCUCCCCAAGGUUCGGCAACUUGUCAACAUUGGCGUCGAGGGCAUCUACUUCGAGGACGACAGAGAGACCUACUACGCCGGGUCUGUAAUUAUGUCACCUCCCAGCUACAAGAGCAAAGCCAACUCUGUCCUCUACGUCAACAACUCCGGCAUCUACUCAGAGCCAGUAGUCGUUGGCAACGGUGACCCCAUGGCAACCCAUCUAAAACAUCCGGGUCAUCAUUCUGGGCCAUAUAGUACAUACAGUGCACCUGCUGGCUACGCGAAGAAGAGCGAGUCCGGAAGUAAAGUGCUUCGGGUAACUCCGGAUCUAACCGGAAAACAUCCCACUGAGAGGCGACGACCUCAGUCUGAGUACGCCUAUGUGCCCCGGUCUGUUAAAGGAACUUUGAAACGAUCUAGGUCACAACAAAAUCUAGGCGCUCUGUGAGAGGGAUUGAAACAUAUCGAACAUAUCUAAAUGUUGGACUCUGUUGUGGAGACAUUUUGAGCGGGAGACUGUUUGAAACAAGUAUUUUGCAAAGAAACCAUCUAUAAAUCGUGAUUGUUGUAGUAACGUAAUAAGGAGUGUUUACAGCCAUGUCUUCACACAUGUACAAACCCCAAACUCUGUUAUAUCUCCUAGGGUUCAGAGAAGACUUUCAGACUAUAAGUUUAUCAACCAUGAACCAGCUAAAUACGACUGCGCUUGAAAGGGCUCGCAGUGACGUGCUUGAACGUCGUUUGGUAAUGAGACAACAUCGUGUACAUACAUAGCUAUACUAUAUACGCUUCUGAGCCGCAUUACGAUUAUACACAUCGUCGUUAGUUUAAGUCUUCCUAAUUGAUAUUAUAUCAGUCAAUCAAUCAAUCAAUCAUUUGUAUCUAUAUAAUAAGAAACACUUCGUGUCUGAUCGUAUCUAACAAUUUCCUUGAUGUCUUUUUCGUCUGAAAAUAUUCCCUUUUUCUAGUGUAUAUAUUUGUAAAAUUAAGUUUAAUUUCGGUGUUGAAAGACAGGCUGUCUCAAAUUUUAGCGAUUAAACCAGGUGGUAUGUCUUCCCUCAAUUCUCCAAAGAGAACUGAAUAAAGAUUUGUAUUCAUCACCAGACUACGAAAAGAGCCGAAAUGUGCCGAGUGUAUGCUUACGGUUCACUGUUUCAGAAGAGUGCGUGCAUGAUAUCUGCUAUUUGUUUUGAAGUGAGCGAUACGUAAAAAUGAAUUGAUAGUAUGUACAUAGUUUGACCCAAAUUAAGAAAUCACUUAUUGAGACUUUCCGGAAAAGUAGGGUUUCCGCUGACUUAGUGUCAUCUACGUAGGCCGAAUAUAGUGACAUAUCAAACUGAUCUCCAAUAAAUGAAUAAAUACGUUUGAAACCGUGAAGAGCGUCACAAUGUUUCUGGAACUUUCUCCCCUCCCAGCCACGAGGAGAAACGUCAUUCUGUGAUACAGCUGUCCGCGCGUUCAGCAGAAAAAGAUAAAAAUCAAAAUGUAUCGAAGCACCAUUUCACAUUAACAUGUCAUGGCUGUACAUGAUAUCCGAGAUGAAUAUAUAGCUGCUUCGAGUGUGCCCCGAUUGUGCAGAGUGUACACCUCAAGUAGACCUGUACAGCGUAUCCAACCUGUGUUAUAUAAGUAAAUGUACGGAAACACGAGAUAGAAGUCCGUUAUUAUCUAACGUACUUCACCCUUAUGUUAUAUAUAUAUACAUGUAUGUGAAUAAAAUUUUACAUUUAUUUUUUC